AUGCGUUAUUAUGGUUAUUAUUUUGAUAUUAUUGAAAAUAACACUAGCAUUGUCGAGACGGUAACUAAAAUCUCAGAAGCUACUACUAGUUUGAAAAGCACGCAAUCAGAAUCAACAGAAUCAAUAGAAACAACUACAAAUACUUCUCCCCGAAUACCUGUCUAUACAGAAUCGGUUACAGUUAGUACUACAAAAAUUACAGAAUCGAUAAAUCCAGAUCCAACAACAAUAAUAUACGAUGUAACAGAACCAGAAAUAAUUGGCGGUCACAGUGAAAGUACAACACAAUUUUUAGUUACAACUACCCCACAAAUUGUAACGACAACUCAGAAUACAAAUUUAGAUACUAAGGAAGAUUCAUCUGAACUAAUUACAUCAACUACAGUCGAUGUUGAAGGAAACGGUGAGGUCUAUAUGACGACUGAAGAUAUAUCCACAAAUACAAUAGAUCUGGAAGAAUCACCAGAAAUAGAUGUGCCAAAUACUGUAUUACCCGAUUUAACAACUUUUAUGAUAGCAGAGACAACAGAAGAACCAGAUGAAAUUUCAACCACUACAUUAACUUCUAUAAAUAAUGAAGAUUUAGAGAUAAGCACUACAGAAACCACUCAUACAGAAACAAGCGACUUAAAUGAUAUUUCGACAACAUUUGCAACAGAAAGCGAACCUGAGGUAACAUUAGACACCGCAGUUGGCUUGAGCGAUGCAACCACACGAACCGGGAGAGAACAAAGGCGACCCGAAUUGGUGAUGGCGUUUUAUACACAGCGUGGAUCUUUUCAUUUAUAUACAUCCUAUAUUGUUAAAACUGGUUUACUAUACAGAGCGGAAAUUCGUUCUAUAGGAGCAUCAGUUUUGAGACUACCUAUGGCUUAUUCCAAUGGUCUUUAUCAUGCGCUAAUAGUACUUCCUUGGCAAUAUUCGAGUGGAACCGAAUACGUUAUUAGAGAAAUUUGUCGGCAAAAUAUUGCUUUACGCGAAUUAGAAAAUUCACUUAGACCUGUUAGAGGUCGUGCAAUGGUACCUAAGUUUCGAUUAAAGGGGAUCGUAGAUGUAACAGAGGAUUUAAAGAAGAUUGGUAUAAGAGAGAUAUUUGAACCGGGUUUGGCUGAUUUCCGUCCGAUGACUCGGGAAAAAGGCGUUUUCGCUAGGAGUUUGGAGCAGGCUAUAGAUAUCGCUGUUACAGAUGAGUUCGAACCAUCGAAAUCCCUGAAAAGCUUCGAGACAGAGAAGUCUUCGAGAAUGUAUGUGGAACCGUAUGGAAAUCUCGGGAAUGACUGGUACACAACUGAAGACUUUAUUGCUAAUAGACCAUUUUUAUUUUAUAUUAUGGAUUCAGAGUUACAUAUUUGUCUUGUAGCUGGUAAAGUAGUAGAUCCAACUAAUAUUCAGAUUUAUUAA